CACCUGGCUGGGUCUGUCUUGAUCUCUAGCUUACUCUGGUUCUUAUCUCUUCAAUGCUGUUUUUGUCUGUUCCUCUCCUGUCCUAGCUUCACUAAUCUCUUGGCACCGCCCUCUGCUCUGUUUUUUAAAUUUUUUUUGAGAGAGAGUCUCACUGUGUUGCCCAGACUAGAGUACCAUGGCGUCAUAGCUCACAGCAACCUCAAAUUGCUGAGCUCAAGCGAUUGAUCCUCCUGCCUCAGCCUCCGGAGUACCUGGGAUUACAUUCGCCCACCACAUUGCCUGGCUAAUGGUCUCACUCUUGCUCAGUCUGGUCUUGAUCUCCUGAGCUCAAGCAAUCUACCCACCUUGGCCUCCCAGAGUGCUAGGGUUAUAGGUGUGAGUCACCGCACCAGCCUUCCUCUCUGCUCUUGCCUUCUGUCUCUGUCCAUGAACCAUAGUUGACCAAAAUCCCUGCCCUAAGCCUGUUUUCUUCUUGCAGCCUGACCACAUGAUGACCAGGUGGGCUCUGCUGGUGCUGAUGGUCCUAUUGUUGGGCAGGAUCCUGGUUGUCUCAGCGACCCCUGUUCCAGCCUUCCAGCUCUUCUCUCAGAACUAUCCCCAGACUACUCCCUGUCCUAUGGCCUCCGAGAGCCCUUCAGCUACCACUACAGGCCCCUCAGCUACCUGGGCCCACCCCAGCCUUGGUCCCCGCCCUGGCCCACGCAUCACUCUCUCACUGGAUGUCCCCAUUGGCCUCCUGCAGAUCCUACUGGAGCAAGCCCGGGCCAGGGCAGCCAGGGAGCAGGCUGCCACCAACUCCCGCAUCCUGGCCCAUGUUGGCCGCCGCUAAGCCUAAGGGAGGGGUCCACAGUGAUGGGGCCACCCUGGAUAGGAAUACCUGGAGGAGAGCAACAGAGCUGGAUGGUACUACAUCUGGGCAGAGUGCAUCUGGACACUGCUAUACAGGGCUGCUGGGUGUCUUUAUCGUGUCCAAGUGCUCUGCAGAGUCACAGUGUGUCUGGAUAGGCUGGACAUUGCUGUGUCGGGUCACUGCCACAUGGAGUCUUCCCAUACCUGAGUGCCCCAGAGACUUACAGUGUAUCUGGACAGCUUGGAAACAACCAUAUAAGGUUACUACCAUGAGGAGUCUUGCGAUGUCUGGGUGCCCCAUGGUGGCAGAGCAGAUGGACACUGCCAUAUGUGGUUAUCGUCAUGUUACUUUCAGGAGCCUCAACAUAGGAGCCCAACAUUGCAUCUGAGACUAGUCUCCCCCCUCACAAUCCCACCACACAGGGAAGUUUGGAUGAGAGUCACAUAUAUGUUCUGUGCUUCAUGAGGCAACCCCUGGCCCAGAUGGAUAGGGCUGGCAGGGGCAUAUCCAGGCACAAAUGACCACACUUGGGAAGUCUAUGACCACAGCAGCCUUACCUUGUGGGUGUGUGCCCAUGUGUGUGGCUGAAUCUCUGUGCCUCUUACAAGGCACAGAGUGUGCCUCUAUGAUAGCUAUGUGUGUGAGGAAGGUAAGGGCAUGUGUGAGGGCUGGGAGGAGGGGGUGCUGUGUCCCCAACCUGCAAAAGGCAUGCACAACUCACAGCCAGGCAUUGUCCUACCCAUAACCCCUGCACACGCAGCCUCAGCACAUAGACACGCGGCUCAGGGGAGAGGGCUCAGGUGGCUAGGGCUCCAACUCAACUCUGCCCCUUCCUCACCAAAAUGUCCUAAUAAAGGGGUUUGCCUUUCUAAGCCCCAGUUUUCUUGUCUGUGAAGCACAGUGAUGCCACCAAGCUUCCUGUGAGUAUUGUGUACAUGGUGUACCCGAAGGUCUGGUGUGCAGAAGGUGCUCAAUAAAUGCAAAGUGAUUG